GUAUGUUUAAUUUAAUAGCACUGUGGUCACUGCUCCCAAUCGGUUCAACAACACUUACAUCUUGCACCAGGUCCCGGUCCCCACUGAGGAUUAAGUCCAGGGUUGCCGUCCCUCUGGUCGGUUCCAUGACCAACUGGUCUAGGGAAUAGUCAUUUAGAAUAUCUAGAAACUUUGCUUCUUUGUCAUGACUGGAACACAUAUGCAGCCAGUCUAUGUCCGGGUAGUUGAAGUCACCCAUUACUACCACAUUUCCUAGUUUGGAUGCUUCCUCAAUUUCAUAUCUCAUCUCAACGUCUCCCUGAGCAUUUUGAUCUGGGGGAUGAUAGAUCGUUCCCAGUAUUAAGUCCCUCCUGGGGCAUGGUAUCACCACCCACAACGAUUCACAACGAUUCACAACGAUUCCAACGUGACGGAUCAGGGUUUGGAUUGCUCUCUGCCCCUGAAUUUAAUAAAUCCCAUCCGCUUUGCACCAUUUUCCCAAAGGAAUCCUGCCAUAAAGCCCAGGAACGUUGGGGAUCUACCAUAAGACUUAAGGGCUCCUCUAGACAACCUGUCACCAUUUAUCUGGAUUUGCUUGCACAAAGCGUACGUACAGGUCAGACUGUGUCCAGAAUUUAUUGAACAUUUGUUCUGAUUUGUUUGCAGGGAGGUUAUACAACAAUGGGCAUUCAUCCUGCGGUGUUUACCUGUCUCUCGAUUAAUCAUUUGUUUAUCAUCCAAUUUUUAGUGCAUUUUCUAUCACUUUCCAAACCACAAAAACUCUGUGUUUGUUUUCCUAAGUGGUUUUGUUGCCUCAGGUGCCAGGGCACUUAAAUCUACUUUGAUUACGUAAACCUAAAUUUCCAGUAUGCAACUGAAUCUGUCCCACAAAAUACUGACACUCUGGAGGUGACAUGGGAAAAUACUCCUUUUAAAAUGCUUCCUAACGUGACUUACCUGAUUAUGUUGGAGAUCUCUUAUUUAUGCCCUCAGCUGUUUCACUAUAUAGUUGUCAUGUAUGUGUGUUUUUAUUAUUUGAUGUAUGGCAGCCCUGGAAAAUGCUAAUUAGCAUUUCAGGUGACUUAUACUUUGAGCCUGGAAGGACAAAUACCCACUAACUAUUAUGCAAUGAUCUGAUGACCUAAACACCCUUGCUACAUUUGAGUGUACCAUCUAUAAACACCAGCUUCCCCUGGAUGCGUAUUUUGACAUUUGGAUGGCAUCUAUUGAUCUAUAUAUGUAAACUAAAACGGAUCUAUUGACAUGUAAAGGUUCUGUUAAUGUGAGCUGACAGGGUUGUUUUUCUCUUCUCCCCCCCUUUUUUAUUUUUAUUUUUUCUUUGAUGAAAUUGCAAUUAAAACAUCAAUUAAAAAUUAGUAUUGAAGAGAGGGGUGUAAAUUUUGGAAGUAAAUAAAUAAACAUCUUUACUGCUUCUCCCAGAAUUUUUUUUCACAGCUGUCAAAAUCUAACAAGCAUAAAUAUUAGACACUGUGGGGAAUAGUAUUGUGGAUUAUGCAACAUGCAGAUUUGUGGAUUUCAGCCGGAAUCUCCUGCUACAAAAAAAAAAAGAUAAAAAGGCUACUAAGUUGGGGGUAUGAUUUAUGUAGAAUUUCAUUGGAUUCUGGCAAUGCCUUUCUGAUUGGUCCCACAAAAUCAGCAUCAUAUUUGAUAUCCUAAAGCUCUAUUCUAUGUUACUUCCCAGCCACUAACUAAAGAAAACCUGGCCUAUUGUUUUGUAGGUAGUGAUGGCCACCAACUUGGAUGGCUUCUAAAGGAGGACUAGAUAAAUGGAGGAUAAAGGCUAUCAGUAGCGAGUAGUCACGAUGGGUAUGUUCUCUCUUCGAUGGCAGGGGCAGCAUGCCGCUGAAUACCAGUUGCUGGGAAUCACAAGGGGGGAGAGUCACAGUCGUACUCAUGUCCUGCUUACGGGCUUCCUGGAAGAGGCAUCUGAUUGGCCACUGUGAGAAAAGAGUACUGUAGAUGGUGUGGUGUAGUGGUUAAGGUGUUGGACUGCAACCUGGGAGACCAGGGUGUGAAUCCCCUCACAGCCACGAAGCUCCCUGGGUGACCUUGGGCCAGUCACUGCCUCUCAGCCUCAGAGGGAGGCAAUGGCAAACCACCUCUGAAUACCGCUUACCUACCAUGAAAACCCUAUUCAGAGGGUCUCCAUAAGUCGGGAGCAACUUGACAGCAGUCCAGAUGGGAGCUUUGGCCUGAUCUGGCCGGGCUUUUCUUAUGUUAUUUUUGAAACAUUAGACAAACACACCCCAAAUGGGGACUGAGUCAGCAGCAGCUGGUGCCCAUUCGGACUGGUGGGGCGGAAGGCAGGGAGCCCAAAAGUAGAUGGAGCCAUAGCCAAUGAGAGGCAGAGCAAAUGCACUCUAGUUUUGUUCCCAUCUUCCUCUCUGCUGAGUUCUACAAGGUGAACGCUGAGACGGUCGAAGUGGAGAUGGAGGCUGAUAGGUAGUGCUACCCCCUAGAUUGGUUGUAAGAAGGCAGGCAGGUGUGGUCUGGCAGAGGGCCCGGCAGACACAGGUUGGUGGUUAGGGAUGGGAGAGAAAUUCAAUUUGGUUCACAUUUAAAGCCAACCAUAUCAAAUGCUCACUUUCCAAAACACGAGAACCAAAACAUGGGUGUCCAAAUUCGCACUGAUCUGAAUUGGGCAAUGCUGCAUAUACAAAGGGGGAAAGGAACAUAAAAAUGAAUAUACUUGUGAAAAUAACACACAAAAAUGCAUUGUAUUAAGAGAACUUGCUUGCAAAUGUGUACAUGAGUCAAAACUGCAUGGAAAAUGUGUUCAUUAGGAGGAAUUUGCACUGAAAUGCUGAAGAAUUAAAAAGCUAGAGGUGGCUGCAGAAUGGGAUGAUGGGAGCUGCAGUCCAGCAACAUAUGGGGAUUCAAGGUGAAGAACAGACUAAAUAAUAAUUUGCUUGGUGCUGGACCUAAGGGCUUUCACUGACCCAAAGUUGGCUGGCAUGUGGUUAAUUUAAUAUCGUGUAAGGCCAAACAAGAGAUGGAUUGAUUCCAUAAAGGAAGCCCCAGACCUGACCUUACAAGAUCUGAACAGGGUCGUUCAUGACAGAUGCUCUUGGAGGUCACUGAUUCAUAGGGUCGCCAUAAGUCAUAAUCGACUUGAAGGCACACAACAACAACAGUCAUGUGCCUUGCACACGCGCCUGAAGGCGAUAUUUAGGUUGUUUUUAACAGUUUUUCGUUAUGUGUUUUACAAUGGUUGUCACCCGCUCUGAGUGAAGGGGGGGUAAUAAAUUCUGAUAACAAUGUACAAAAUGCAAUUAAAACAACUAAAACACAGCAGGUUAAAAACAACAGCAGAAGAUUGAAAACAACACACACACACGGUAGACAUCCACGUCCUAUUCACCCAGCUGGGAAGGCUUUAAACAAAUUAAAACCGGAAACUGAGCACAUGUGUGUCACUCUACCCUUUUCCUAUCGCUGUGGUGCCUGGCUCCCCUUUCUCGGACAACCUUUCACAGUCGCUAAGACAACGACCGGAAGUGGCGUCUUCGGCGGCGGCGGAAGUGACGCGAUCGAGGGGAAGUUUCUUAGCGGAGCGGAGAAGAAGGAGGUGGCGGCCUGGAUAGGGUCGUCUGAGCCAUGUCAGCGGGGAGCGCGGGGCAGCGAGAACAUGGGGCCUCGGGAGGGCGGCGCAGCAAAUGGGACCAGCCGGGCCCAUCUCCGGCUCUCUUCCUCCUUCCUGCAACUACUCCUGUGGCGGGCCGCCCCGUCCAGGGCAGCGGAGACAGUGUAUCUGGGAUGUCAGGGUCUGAGGGCUCAGCGGCGCCUCUGGGAGCUCUGGAUGCAGCCGCUGCAGUAGCAGCCAAAAUCAAUGCCAUGUUAAUGGCCAAAGGGAAGCUGAAACCGGCAGCGAAUGCAGCAGACAAGCUUCAGGCUCCUGGAAAAGGCCCGGCUGCAAGCAAAAGCAAAGAUGAUCUUGUCGUAGCAGAAGUGGAAAUAAAUGACGUGCCCCUGACAUGCCGAAACCUGCUGACGAGAGGGCAGACGCAGGAUGAGAUAAGUAGGCUGAGUGGUGCAGCAGUCUCAACUCGGGGGAGGUACAUGACCGCGGAAGAGAAAGCAAAAGUCGGACCAGGAGAUCGUCCGUUGUACUUGCAUGUCCAGGGGCAGACACGAGAACUGGUGGAUAGAGCUGUAAACCGAAUCAAAGAAAUCAUUACUAAUGGUGUUGUAAAAGCCGCUACUGGAUCCAGUCCAACCUUCAAUGGAGCUACAGUUACCGUCUACCACCAGCCUGCCCCCAUCACUCAGCUGCCUCCAGCGGUUGGCCAGAAGCCUUCCUUCCAGUCAGGAGGAAUGCACUACGUCCAGGACAAGUUGUUUGUUGGCUUGGAACAUGCUGUACCUACCUUCAACGUAAAGGAGAAAGUCGAAGGCCCGGGCUGCUCCUACUUGCAACAUAUCCAGAUUGAGACCGGUGCCAAGGUGUUCCUCCGGGGGAAGGGCUCCGGGUGCAUUGAACCCGCCUCUGGCCGAGAAGCCUUUGAGCCGAUGUACAUUUACAUUAGCCAUCCAAAACCAGAAGGCCUUGCUGCUGCCAAAAAGCUUUGUGAGAACCUGUUACAAACAGUUCAUGCCGAAUACUCACAAUUUGUGAACCAGAUAACUACAGCAGUGCCCAUAACAGGGUUUGCGCAGCCUGCAGCUUUAACAACUAUCCCCCCUCAGCCGCCAUAUUAUCCCCCCAAUGGCUUCCAGGCGGGCUACCCUGUGGUGCCACCCCCGCAACAGCCGGUUCAACCUCCUUACGGGGUCCCAGGCAUCGUGCCUCCUGCUGUUCCGUUGGCGCCAGGAGUGUUGGCACUACCCACAGGAGUCCCACCUGUGCCCACCCAGUACCCGAUUACACAAGUGCAGCCUCCCGCUAGCACGGGCCAGAUGCCACUGAGCACCCCUUUCCUUCCUGCUGCCCCUGUAAAGACAACCUUGCCGGCCAGCACGCAGCUGCCAGUGCAGCACCAACCCCAGGCGGGCCAGAAGAGGCGCUUCACCGAAGAGCUACCGGAUGAGCGGGAGUCUGGGCUGCUGGGAUACCAGCAUGGACCCAUUCAUAUGACUAAUUUAGGUACAGGCUUCUCCAGUCAGACGGAGAUGGACGGAACGGGUUCGAAGCCGGCAAGUUCCUCAGGAAAGGAGAGAGAGAGGGACAGGCAGCUGAUGCCUCCACCGUCUUUACCAGUGACCGGAAUGAAGGCAGAGCCUGACGACCGGAACGGGUCCUUAGCUGGUGGCAAUGAUCAUCCAGCUAAGAAGAUGAAAACCGGCGAAAAGGGUUUUGGCCUGGUAGCUUACACCGGCGACUCUUCAGACGAAGAAGAUGACCACGGUGGUCACAAAACCGCAAGUAGCUACUCACAGACGUGGAGUUUAGGAUACCAGUACCCUUCAUCACAGCAACGGGCGAAGCAACAGAUGCCAUUCUGGAUGGCGCCUUAGCUGCCAGCCUCCACCCCCUUACACCCUGUCGUCUCUCUCAAGCAAUAACGCAUGUAUAUUAUCAAAGAAUCUCUGCAGAACGUACAACAUCCCCGAUCUUUUUGCAGAAGCUUCUGAGAUGCAGUAUGGCCCUUUACAUGCUGGGCUCUGGUUCCCCCCCCCUUUUUUUUUCCUUAAGAAAACCUUGCUAUUUCUGCGGUGGACUCAUCCAUCAAAGCAACUUUAAAGCCACAGCUUAUUGGAAUACAAUCGCAGAUAACAGUGUUGACGUUCCACUCGCAGGGAAUGUCUCUUUCCUUCUCCCUUUUUACUCCAGCCUGUCAGCUUUAUCAUGCGCCUGUUCUUGGCUUCGACAAAGAAGCCAGCCAGUCAAGGUCACAACUUAAACCCUGCUGCUGUUCUGCUUGUAUUUUAUAACUGGAUUUUACUUUUUUGUGUGUGAUGCUUGGACUUCUGAGUAGGAGUUGGGUUGGGUUGGGGAGGGGAAACCUUUGCCAGAAAAGCUGUUCCUUAGAAUCACCUUCUUUAACAUCCAUUUCUCUUGGGUCUUUUUAUUUUUGCUUAAAAUUUCGAGAUGCCGUUUUCCUGACUCCAGGCAUAAUGGGCUAUGUUCUCAGAACAGUUUUUGGCAAGCAGGUACAUUAUUGUUGUUGCCGUCUCUCCUUCAGUUGGCCAAGUUACAUUAGUCGGGGAACACAUAAAACUGUUGUUUUGCCCCCCGGCAGGAUUUAGGAAGUGUUCAAUCUCAGAAUCAGUCCUCUUUUAGUUUGUUUUCCCCCCAAUCUAGUCAUAACUUGGAUCUCUGACCAGUUACUUCUGCUGCGACGGCAUUGAUACAAUCUCGUUCUGUUCCAAAACUCUAGCUCCAACCAAACUUUUGCUUUGUGGCUGUCUCACUGAUAAGAGAUGUGUUGAGCUUGUGUCUUUGGCUGCUGGUGGCAUGCUGUCAUGGCUGAAGAGGAAAGCAAACCAACUUGUGGGAUUGUUUUAUGGAGACUCAAAACUGUGGAGGGCUGUUCUCUAGGCCCAUUAGGCUGCUAUCAAGCAAAUACUUUUGCACAGUCAAGCGUGCAGUGGAAGACUGGGGGAACACUAUUGACCCUAAUUUUUUUCGCUCUCUUGUGUUCAAACGGAAAGUAAAAGCUUGAAGUAUUGGAAUAAGUGUCGGGGCAUUUUUCCACAGAAAUGAUCUGGCGGGCUUGCUUUCUCCUGGGGAAAAAACAACCCCCACCAUCCAACCAACCACACUAUUCUCUGAUUUUUCUAUAUGUUGUAAAUAAAUUCAACCAUAAUUUCGUGAUAAAUGUACAAAUAAUUCUA